AUGAAUGUUCUAUUAUGUUACAUCAACACAUUAAACAGAUUCUUUGAUAUAUCUGCUGUGGAAGUAGGUCAACAUUUCUAUUGGCAAAUAGGGGAUUUUCAAGUACAUGCUCAAGUACUUAUUACCUCUUGGGUUGUAAUAGCUAUCUUAUUAAUUUCAACCAUUCUAGUUGUUAGAAAUCCGCAAACUAUUCCCACGUCCGGUCAGAAUUUCUUUGAAUAUGUCCUUGAAUUCAUUCGAGACGUGAGCAAAACUCAGAUUGGAGAAGAAUAUGGUCCGUGGGUUCCGUUUAUUGGAACUCUGUUUCUAUUUAUUUUUGUUUCGAAUUGGUCGGGGGCUCUUUUGCCUUGGAAAAUUAUAAAGUUACCUCAUGGAGAGUUAGCUGCACCCACAAAUGAUAUAAAUACUACUGUUGCAUUAGCUUUACUUACGUCAGUAGCCUAUUUCUAUGCGGGUAUUUCAAAAAAAGGAUUGGCGUAUUUUGGUAAAUACAUCCAACCAACUCCAAUACUUUUACCGAUUAACAUCUUAGAAGAUUUCACAAAACCCUUAUCGCUUAGUUUUCGACUUUUCGGAAAUAUAUUAGCUGAUGAAUUAGUAGUUGUUGUUCUUGUUUCGUUAGUACCUUUAGUAGUUCCUAUACCUGUUAUGUUCCUUGGAUUAUUUACAAGCGGUAUUCAAGCUCUUAUUUUUGCUACUUUAGCUGCGGCUUAUAUAGGUGAAUCCAUGGAAGGACAUCAUUGA